AUGCAAAUCUAUGUCUAUUCUGGUUUUUGGAAAUCAUCGGGAAGAAACGGUUGGAAAUUUCAUAUUGAUGAAAAAAAUGGAGGUAGAUUACUUACUUUGGACACAAGCAAAACUGUUGAGUACCUUGGAGUUAUGGUUUGUGAGGAGUUUGGAGUCGAUUUAAACAUGGUCAAUAUCGAGCUGAGCUACUUACCUUCUGAUUUGGUGAGUAGCAACGACUCACCACCGGUUUUCAUCACCACUGAUCGGCAACUGAAAAACUUUCUUUCAUAUGUGAAGAACCAAGCUUCAAGGAGAUUAUGUGUGUGUAUUCGAUCUAAGGUCGGAUCUAACAUGAAUGAAGAAGCUGCUGAGUCGCCUAACAGAGAAGAAGAGGCUAUGUCGUAUGAACUUCCAGAUGCUGUUAUUGAUUAUCAAACCAAGCCUGAAGAAGAUGAAAGUGAUGAUGAUAACGAGCAUGCGAUAGAUAUGAUCACUGGAAAGUAUGUCCGUUUUUCUCUGGUAGAUGUUGUGAAAAAGGAUCAACAUUUUUCUAGCAAAACAGCUUUGAAGGCAACAAUGGAGAUAUGUGCAAUGAAACAUAAUUUCGACUACAAGCUUGUGAAAUCGGAUAAAAAAAUUUGGUACGUUCGUUGCGCGGACGAUGAUUGCACCUGGCGUGUGCGUGCAGAGGGUUUAACGGGUUCUUCAUAUUUUAUUAUCAAAAAGUAUGUACCUGAUCACACUUGUGCUCCGUCAUCAAGGAACCAUUCUGUUCGGACAGCUUCAUCAAAAACAGUUGGCACUCUCAUUAUGCACAAGUAUGAAAGUGUGAAGGAAGGGCCAAAACCUAAUGAUAUCAUCCAGUUAAUGCGUAAUGAUCAUGGAGUUGAGAUAUCCUAUCCUUUAGCAUGGGAAGCACGAGAGUAUGCAGUGAAUGUUGUGAGAGGCAUUCCGGAGGAAGUUUAUGGAAAAAUUCCUAAAUACUUGCACAUGAUGAAGGAAGCAAAUCCAGGAUCACACACAUUUUAUGAAACUGACACCAACGGGAGAUUCAGAUUCCUCUUCAUCUCAUAUGGUCAGUCUAUUCGCGGUUUUCAAGCUGCCCUUCGGAGAGUUAUUGUUGUCGAUGGGACCUUUUUGAAGAGUAAAUACAAAGGAGUAUUACUGGUUGCUACUGCUUUAGAUGGAAACUCGAACCUAUAUCCUAUUGCAUUUGGAGUUGUCGACUCAGAGAAUGACCGCGCUUGGGAAUGGUUUAUGAGACAACUUAAUGUUGUUAUUGAUGAUGAUGAGAGUUUAGCUUUUGUGUCUGACAGGAAUACCUCUAUCGCUAAAGCUCUUGCGAAAGUGUAUCCGCAUUCUCAUCAUGGAAUUUGCAUUCACAACUUGCUGAACAAUGUUGUUACCUAUUACAAGGGGAAAGGUGUCGCUGGUUUGGUUGCAAAGGCUUCUAAAGCUUACCGAGUUGCUGAUUUUAAGAAGAUUUUCACUGCUAUUUACUCAAUAAGUCCUGCAAUUGGAAAAUAUCUGGUAGACGCUGAUGUGCAAAAGUGGGCUCGUUGUCAAUUUCCGGGUUACAGGUACAAUGUUAGGACCACUAACCCUGCUGAAUCAAUAAAUUAUGCGUUGCGGUCGCCUAGAGAGUUUCCAGUUAUACCUUUGUUGGAAAGCAUAAGGGAGAUGAUGACUCGAUGGUUUUUCAAACGUAGAACUAAAAGUUCUAAGCAUACAAAACCACUGACCAUUGCUGUGGAAAAGAAGAUUGAUCGAAGGAUUGAAAAGGGUAAGAAGUUUCAGGUUUUCCCAGUUAGUGAUGACAGGUUUUUGGUUCAAGGUGACACUUUUGAAUGUAUGGUCGACUUGGUCAGACGCACAUGUUCAUGUGGGAAAUUCGAUCUGAUGAAAAUCCCCUGCAGACACGCCAUCAAAGCAGCUUUUAGUGUAGGGAUAAGAGCACACACACUCACUGACGACAUGUACACCACAGCUUCAUGGAGAUCGAUUUAUGCGGAAAGCAUAAACCCUAUUAGUGUCCCUAAAGAUGCAUGGAUUGUCCCACCUCACGUACAGCAAGCGGAAGUCCUUCCUCCAGAGACUAGAAGAGCUGCUGGUCGGAGAAAGAAACGAAGAUACGAGACAGUUGAAGACAAGAUCCGGUCAUCACAAGGAACUUAA